UUCUGUUGCCAGCAACACGUCGAGCCAACAUAUUUCUAAAGGAUUGUGAACCCCUAACUAUCUAUAGUGUUAAACGCAGAUCGAAAGGGCACAACACGUGCCUCACAUCAAGUUUUGUGCUAGUGAUUUUACAACUUACAAGUGAAACAAUUUCAAAAUGCACAUUUUUAUACAAUUGCUACUCUGCCUGGCCGUCGUCUCUGUCCAAGGCUCUGGUCUGGGCCCUGAGGCGCGAAGUGCUUCGCCCAAGGAUGUCAAGUCACUGAGUGCCCCAGUUGGUGUCCUCGACUCUGUGCUGCGUGGCAAGAGUCGUCAGUCGCGUUGCGUGCGCUGCUACGAGGAUCGUUAUUAUAGCUCGGGCAGCGAUCGUUAUGGCGGUUACUCGAGUCGCUCUGGCGACGAUCCUCGCAGCGCUUCGUGGUAUUAUUCCUAUGAUCGUUAUGAUGAUCGUGGUGCUGGUCGCGAUCGUGACUAUGAUCGUUACUAUGGUCGCGAUGAUCGCUAUGCGCCGCGCACUUAUGAUCGCUACGAGGGACGUGGCUACGAUGAUUACUACCGACGAGGAUCCUACGAUCGCGGAUCUGGUUAUGGUGGUGGUUAUGGUGGCUACGCUGCCUACGACAGCAGAGAUCGCUAUUAUGGUGAUCGCUACAGUGACAAUUCAAGGGAUCGUUAUUAUGAUCGCUCACGGACCGCGUACAACAGCUAUGACAAAUAUGAUCCGUACGAUCGCUACUAUUCAAGGUAUGAUUUUCGCAACUAUCGUCCUUGGGAUGAGACCUACAGAGGACAGUCGGGCUUCGAUAAUUCGGGGCGUGGCUAUUACUUUGCCGGCGAUGACGAUGACAGUCGCUCCGGCUCGCAUCCGUUCUACGAUCGCGAACGCGCCCAGUCGCACUCCUCGCCCGCCUCCCCCGCCUCGCCCUGCGGCCCACUGAUCAGCAAUUGUCCCUACGGCGAUCGCGGCACCAAAGUCUCCUCCUCGGCCAUUGGCAGCGAUGGCUAUCGCGGUGGCCACACCAGCGUCAUGGCCGGUGACAAACCCUUGAGUCAGGGUGGUUGGACCUACCUCGGUGAUCAGGAUAAGCAGAGUUCACGCGGUGGCAGCAACGGCAACGGGGGCAGUGGAAGUGGCAGCAACGGUGCUGCAGGUGUGGCAGGCAGCGGCGUGGCGAGUGGAGUUGGCGGCGGGCGGGAUAGAGAGCGUGAUGCGCAGAGCUCUUCCUAUGGUGGCCGACCUCGCCCAUUAGGCGGCAGCUAUCUGUUCGAUCGGGACAGCAAUGCCGUCCCGGAGAGUCAAAGCGAUGCCGCUAACCCAAAUGGUGAUGGUCCGGGUGGUGAUGGUGGUGGCCACAAAAUGCCAGCGGCUGCGGCACAAACAGCGCCUGCCCCCAACGAGUCUCAGCUCAAUGACAACGUCAAGGACAAGGCAACAAAGUGAUGAUCGAAAAAGAAAAGGAGGCAAACAAAAUGUCACCCUCCCACCGCAAUCGCAGCAGCCUCAUUGGCGUGGCUUUAACUUAAUUUCAUCUAUUUAUGUCCUAAUUCCUAAGCUAACAUAACAUUAUAAAACUAAAUGAAAUAUUUAUGUGUGGCACGCCGAAGCGAUUUUGCUCAAUAAACAAUUCAAAAGGAUUCUCAAA